AUGUCGUAUCAGGAUCUUUAUUCGGCGCUUUCUUCAGAAAACAGGGCUUUUUUGGGAAAGGAGAUAGAAGAGGGUGAACUAAAGGAGUUCGGACCGAAAUUGUCGUCACUCAAAACGGCCACGAUAUGGGCUCACAGGUCAACUACGCUCCUGGAUGAAGAUAAUAUUGGAAUCUUCGAAAGGUCAAGGUUUUAUACUGCAUCGCUUGCAACUGCACCGGAGCUCGAUACAUUAUAUGUGAAAAAUGAGGUCCUACGAGACUCCCAGGAUAAAGUUGACGCUUGUCAGAUCGAACAGUUGGGUGAGCAGUUGGGUACUAAAUUCUGCGAUGAAGUGUCAUUAAUUGAAUACUUGGGUAUCACGCAUGCGCGACCGGAGAUACCGGAGGACCAAAUCGCAACGUUAUUCGAUAGGAAAUACGGUUCGGAUUUUUCAUAUCACAUUGAUUCGGAUAUCUCGCAGUCGACUGCUCAUGGCGCUCCAGCUCGAACAAUGGGUCUUUCUGACAGAAAUGGCGUUUCGCACGACGACAAAUUUAAGAAAUUGGGCAGAUCUAUUUCUCCGAAUCAACUAAAGACCGUAGUGGAUGGCCUAGUUGGAGUCGGGUCAGAUCACCUUCCGAUCAUUGAGAUUGAAGGGGUGAGGUUUCGCGAAGGGCAGUCAGACCUUGUUCGAACUUCUCUUUCGGUUCAAAGAACUGGGAAAGAAGGCGGAUUGAAAAUGAAAAGUACAAUUGCACCGGCGCAAUAUGUUGGAUUUCGGAGCCGGUACGUUGAUCCGGACUAUGUUGAGAAUCCGGCUGCUUAUAUCUGUCGUGUCGUCAUUAUAUAUGGUUUAAUAGUGGUGUUAAGUAAGGUUGUGAGUAUUCGGCUGGAAACUUACUUUAUGGUCUAA